ACAGCAACUUUGGGGUCCGUGCGGACGGUACGUGUCACGCAGCUCAGAAAGCUAAACACAGCUGAUUUGUUAACAACACACGCCGAAUUUAGCGGGUGGGACUGACAUAACCUGAGAAAGGCUAGCAGACUUCUUUUCUGAUUUCUUCGUUUCUCAUGCCUGCAAAUUGUCAGUGAAUCAUAUAAAAUGGGUUGUACGUGCACCAAGGACCGGGUAACGGUUGGAGGGAGGCGAUUUUACGUCAUGAAACGGCUAGGAGAAGGUGGCUUCAGCGUAGUGGAUCAAGUAGAAGAUGAAGUGGGUGAGAAGUUUGCUCUGAAGCGUAUUCAAUGCCAUGGAGCUGAAGAUGACAGACAAGCGAAGAAGGAGGCUGAAUACCAUUGUCAAUUCAAACAUAAAAACCUCAUCGGACUAGAGGAAUGGGGCUCGGUUAAAGGAAAGGAAGGAGUUACAGAGAUUCUUUUGGUGCUGCCAUUAUUAAGGUAUAAUAUUCUUUUGGGGCUGCCAUUAUUUAAGAGAGGAACAUUGCAAGAUGAACUGGAUAAGAUGAAAGCUGAUGGAAGGUGUAUGGCUGAAGAGAGGAUCUGGAGGAUAUUCAAAGGCGUAUGUGAAGGGAUCAAAGCAUUACACACAGCCAAACCCAAGCCACUAGCUCACAGAGACAUGAAGCCAGGUAAUGUAAUGUUAGCUGAGGAUGAUACACCAGUUAUAAUGGACUUUGGAUCUAUGGGGGAAGCAAGGAUAGAGGUCAAAGGUCGCUCCGAGGCAUGUGCUCUACAGGAUCUAGCUGCUGAGAAGUGUAGUAUGUUAUUCCGAGCUCCAGAGCUUUUCCAUGUAGACAGUCAUUGCAUCGUGGAAGAGAAAGUAGAUAUCUGGUCUCUAGGUUGUGUACUCUUCAACAUGGCAUAUCUUCACUCACCGUUUGAACCUAUCUAUGCGAGAGGAGAUAGCAUCCAUUUAGCAGUACUCGGUAGGAAUUUCAAAUUCCCUGAAAACUCAAGGUAUUCCCAAGGUCUUCAGGACACUGUUUCGGGUAUGCUAGUUGUAGAAGCUGUAGAGAGACCAAACAUAGACUGGGUCCUAAACAAAACCACUGAGGGACAACUCAACAUGGAAAAUAGAAUAUAGACUCAACAGGGGACUAGUCUAAGUUUGUUUCCGUUCUAGUCCAAUCAACAGGCCGCUAUUGUAACAGGACUAUUAAACAAAGCUAC